GCCAAAGUCCCUACCAUGCUAAUUGUUAUCUACCACCGAUUCGUUAUUUACUUUAACUAAUGAAGUUGCGGAAGUCGCACCGAAAUAAAUGGAUUUUUGGUGAAGAUGCCGCCCGUUCCGCCCCAGAAGGAGUUCAAGUAUGUCAAUUCGCUAUGGUGUACCUAUAUGGUGUCCGUGGUGGCCGCCUGGAACGCGGAGUUAGUGACUUACCCCUUAGAUUUAACGAAAACAAGACUGCAAAUACAGGGUGAAAUCGCCAACGAGAAGGACUCGAAGAUGGUCCGCGCCCCCUACCGGGGUCUCUUCAAGACCGCCCUCGGCAUCGUCAAAGAGGAGGGCUUCCUCAAGCUGUGGCAAGGCGCCCACGCCGCUUUGUACCGCCACCUCAUCUACUCCGGGACUCGCAUCGUCACCUAUAAGACCCUCAAGGAGAAGCUCUUCGGUAAGAACCACUCCGAGGAGUACUUCCCGGUGUGGAAGUCGGCCGUGUGCGGCGUGUCCGCCGGCGCGUUCGCCCAGUACAUCGCCAGCCCCACGGACUUGCUUAAGGUGCAGCUGCAGAUGGAGGGCAAGCGCAAGAUCCUGGGGCUGGCGCCGCGCGUGGACGGCUUCUUCGACGCUUUUCGCAAGACCGUGGAGGCGGCGGGCUACCGCGGGUUGUGGAAGGGUUCCAUCCCGAACGUGCAGCGGGCGGCGUUGGUCAACCUGGGGGACCUGACGACGUACGACUCGGCGAAGCGCUUUAUCUUGCGCAACACCUCGCUGGAGGAUAACCACUUCGUGCACUGCUUGGCCAGCUGCUGCGCCGGCUUUGUCGCCGCCUCCAUGGGCACGCCGGCCGACGUGGUGAAGACGCGGGUCAUGAAUCAGCCAAUGGACGACAAGGGGCGGGGCUUGCUGUAUCGGUCGUCAAUCGAUUGUUUCCAGAAAACGGUGCGGAACGAGGGUUUCGGGGCACUUUAUAAGGGGUUCCUCCCGAUCUGGAUGCGAAUGGCGCCGUGGUCACUAAGCUUCUGGCUGACGUACGAGGAGGUGCUUUCGGUGCUAGGGGCGGAGCAGUUUUAGGGGAGGUGCAAUGAGGGUUUCGCAGGUGGCGCUUGAAGCUAACCUACUUGAUUUAUUGUAGCUUUAUCAGGUCAGAGGAGCUUUUGGGAAGAUAAGGUUACCGGAAGUGAGGUUAGUUUUAUAAUAAGUCGUUAUUAGUGACCGUGGCCUAAAUUAGAGCUGUGAUGUCUUCAUAGACUGUGAAGGUUAUCUGGAACAAAAGGUUACCCUGAGCUGUGGAUAAAGAGUUGAAAAAAAUAUGGUGAUUAAUUCAAAUAAUUAUUGAAAGCAGUGCUGCCAACCACUUUUUGCUGUACUAUUUUAAUAAUCACCCAUAUUUUUUUAGUUAAAACGUCAACGACCCGACUUGUUUUUUUUUUCCACGUAGACUCAAGUUCAGGGUAAGCCAUUCGUAUUAAUUCGAGUAAAUAUUAAAUGUUGUUGCUUUCAUGGCCACGUCCUAUAAAAUCAGUCCGAAGCAGUACUGCCAAUAGUAGUCGUAAAAUCACCAACGUAUUUUCAACGAAGCUGGACCAAAAACAAUGUUUCUACAUACGUAAAACGCAACAAACAUCGGCUUUUCCUAAUCCUAUACUAUUUCGAAACAAUACAAUAACCCCAAGACUGCUGUCUCUUAUCUUAGCAACAAAGUAUUAAGGUCACCUUGCACCUUCCGGCCUAGACAAGCCACCGAAAGCCCGUGCGAAGCCUGUAGUUUUAGUACAAAGUGUGUUCACUAGGAGCCGAGCUGCUCAAAAUCCAGCAGAGACAAAAAUCGGUCGCUAGUUUUAGCGUAGUAAGACUGCUAGUAAUGUGUCAAACGAAUAUCGCACGCACAGUAUACCAUAUUUACCUUCAAUACGCGGAACUAGUCAGACUAGCUCAGUGAAUAUAACCCGAAAGUUACUAAAGUCACCAGAUCUAGUUCCGCGUAUUGCGACAACGAGUGUAAUCGCAACAAAGUCCCUAGAAUAGCCCAGUGUACACGAGCAAAGCCUAGCUCUCUUCCUUUCCCCUGUACAGUGCCACAGUUUUAACAGAGCGUACUAUUUUUUUAUAUUUAUACAAACGACAAUGUACUUUUUUCCUCGUACUUUUAAACAACUGUUUAGUUAAGAUUUUGUUGAAGGGAGGUAAUGUUGAGUUGGGUGUCGGAUCAGCGGUGAUACUUAAUGGUUUUGUUAUUUUAAAAUUGUGGCUUGUUGAUAAUAAAUUGUUACUGAUAAA